AUGUGCCCCUCGCACCUGGGCGCGGUCGGCGGUCGCCCACGCGUGCCGUGCCCCCUCGACCCCAACCACACGUGCUACGCACAUCGGGUGGAGCAGCACGUGGCCAAGUGCCCGGCGGCCCAGCGCAAGGCUGUGGCCGAGAGCGCCCCCUACUACUGCCUCAACAUCAACCUGCCCGGCCCGGUAGCAGCGGCCUCGGCCGCCGCCGCCGCCUCGUGCGCUCAGGCGGGGCCGUCUUCUUCUGGUGGUGGUGGUGGUGGUGGUGCUGCUGCUGCUGCUGCGGGCGAGGCGAAGAAGAGAGGAGGCGAGAAGGGCGAGGGCGACGAGGGCCAGCCGCAGCAGAAGAAGCGUAAGCGGAGGCAGCAGCCGCCCUCCAUAUUCGCGUCCAUGCGGGCCGACGAGGUGGACGCCCUCGUGGCGCUCGUGCGAACGGCCCACGCCCUCCACUGCCGCGAGCCCCUCCAAACGGUCAUGCUGCGCCACCCGCCCUGCGAGCCCCACUUCACCCCCGCCAAGGGGGCCUGCAGCGUGAAGCACAUGACCCAGCAAAGUUCGAUCCUGGCGCACAUGGCGGCGGCGGGGCUGUUGGUCGACGGAGCGUGCUUCAUCGAGUUCGGUGCCGGGAGAGUAUGUGCCUUCCCCUCCUCGAUCCGCUUCCUCUCCGCGAUUUAG